AUGCUGGAGCUGCUUGACAAUGUGCGUGGAGAGCGUGGUUGCGAUACAAUCGCCUUCUGUCUGUCAACCGCGCAGGAAUGCAUUUUUGAGCAACUUCUGCCGGAAAUUUCUACGCCGGUGUUGCUCAUUCAUCGGCGGCUGGAGUACGAUUUCAAAGCAAGUUAUUCAAGAGAGCUCAUCAUUCUUCUCUGUCUCGCAGACGAAGGUGUGGCCACAGCAUUUGAGUCAUUUCAUGUAUUUCGUGGCCUAAAACAAACUCGGAUUAUCGCUUACGCCCCGCAGGCCAGUGAUCUUGAACUGAUAGAAAAAUACUGUGCUGCCGCAAUGACGGCAGAUAUUUAUAAUGUUCUGAUAAUACAAGAGGAUUUCUCCGCAACGCACAACUAUUACACCUGCAAUCGAUUUCCACUCGACGCGCCGCCUUAUAAGCAGAAAUCACUCACAGACGUCAGUAGCGCCAUCUUUGAACAUCAAUUUCGUGAUAUGCACGGCAUGAAAAUGCGCACCUACCCCGAUCAGCUGCAACCACGCACCAUGCUCUACUUCAAACCGGACGGCAAGCUGGUAUUAGAGGGCUACAUUGGUCGCUUGUUGCGCACCUUUGCCGAGAAACGAAAUGCCGCGUUGACCAUAGAACAUCCCUACAAGGUGGGCAAAACCACAUAUUAUGGCGAUUUAUUGGCGCUGGCUCUCAAUAACACCGUUGAUGUGGCAGCUGGUCUCGCAUUUCCCACUUCACUAAAGGAUUUUGAGGUUAUGUCAUAUCCGGUGCAAACUCUCGAUUACUGUUUCAUGGUACCACUACCGGAGGCUGUGCCUAUAAAUGAACUAUUCGUCGGCAUUAUACGUUUACCCACACUCUUUUGGAUAUUCGUUUUCAUUGUAAUAUUCGCCGCGUUACUCACUCACCUCAACAAAGGCAAGCGCCUGACUUUUAUUAACCUCUUUUUGAAUGACAAAAGUAUACGCGGCAUGUUAGGUCAAUCCUUUGUGGCGCCGAUGAACCCGAGUUUGAAAGUGAAGUUUAUCAUAUUCUUACUGUGUUACAUGAGCACUAUCACGAACACCACCUAUCAGUCUUACCUACAAUCCUUUCUCACACACCCACCGCUCCAACCGAUGUAUCGCAGUUACGAAGAUAUGGCGGCAGCGGGUUUGAAAAUCUCAUUCCCCAUCAACGAACAGCAUAUGUUAACGACCAACAAGAGUGUUGCGCAGCAUAAAGAACUCUUCCUGAUUGCAAAAGAUUACGAUGCUUGGCUAAGGGAUCGCUCAGCCAUGAGCGUGAAAUUCGUGUAUCCUGUGUCCAAUGUACGCUGGGAAGUCUUCGAUUUUCAGCAGAGUCUUUUCAGUCGUCCGAUUUUCUAUUUCAAUACCGAUCUUUGUUUCUUCAAAAACUCAUUCGUGUGCUUGCCCACACGCCCAGAUCUGCCUUAUGGUGAUCUGUUGGAUGACUAUAUAUUGCGUCUCCAUUCGUCCGGUAUAAUGAACGAAUGGAUUUCAUUGAACUUCUAUAUUUUGGCGAAAUUGAAAAUGGUAUUCUUCGAAGAUCUGAGCACACCCUGGCAGUCUGGGCGGCCAUUGGAUUUGAAUGACUUUUUCUGGAUACGCAUGCAGUUCUUCGGCACAACCACCUGGCAACGCUACCAAAUUCCGCUCACAGAUGGUUGCUGUGUUUGCCCAACUGGUCGUCCCCAGCAAACAUGUCGUGAAUUGCGCGAGAGAAUGUUGUGCGAGGACAAGGCAGCGCGUGAAAAUAUUUUAAUGUUGCAAUUCUCAGUUGGGGGAAAAGAUUGA